AUGGACGGGUCCUCUAAGGGCGUCGUGCUUGUGCGUCGCAAGGCGCGGCACCGGGCACGGACUCAGACUCGGCAGGCCCAGGAACGGAAGGCCAGGAUGUCGUCGGAGGUCACGCUUCUAGGUUCCCCUUCAUCCCUCGCCCAGGAGUUUGCAAGGCGCGUCACAACACUGUUGCAAACCCCGGUCCUCAAGGCCCCGCCUCGACGUCGGUCUCGUCGCUUGCCAUCAUCAGCUUCACUUUGUCGCAUCAGCCGUCUCGCGGCCAAAUGCCACUUGCAUGCCGCGAACUCCACCCUCCAAACGCAGAAGGUGCUCUUGUUGAAGUGGGAUCCCGCAACGCCCAAGCAGCAACCGGCUACUCAGGUGUUGAACGCUUUCCGGCAGGCUUUCCAGGAGCCGCUUGACUCGUCCAAGAGGCAAGCACUGCAGAUGCUGUUCAAAGUCGACCUGAAAAAUGUCGACCCGACAAUCGAUGGCCUGCUCGAGGAUGCUUGCUAG